AUGACAUCUUUACCGCCUUACCAUGGCCCUGUGCGGAAACUCGUCGUAGCGAUGGACGUUGGAACAACGUACUCCGGGGUCGCUUUCGCCGUGCUGGACCCUGGCGAAGUGCCCAAAAUAUCCGGUGUCACUCGCUUCCCCGGCCAGGAGAAUGCCGUCGGGGACUCGAAGAUCCCGUCCAUCUUGUACUAUCGACGAGACGGGACUGUACAUUCCGUCGGUGCCGAAGCCGCUCUCCCAGGCAUGGAGCUCGAAGCCGAAGACGAGGACCUGGUGUUUGUGGAGUGGUUCAAGCUGUAUUUGAGGCCGGAGACCCUUGAUUCGGACGAGAUCAAACGUCGCGACCUACCUCCUCUGCCCGAAGGGAAGGGCGUGCUAGACGUCUUCGCUGACUUCACGCGAUAUCUCUACGAAUGCACACAGCGAUACAUCAAGGAGACGCACGCGAACGGCGAGAGCCUGUGGAGCUCCGUCGAGGAUCACAUCGAGUUCGUGUUGUCACAUCCCAACGGAUGGGAGGGCCUGCAGCAGGGCAAGAUGCGUCAAGCUGCCAUCAUGGCCGGCCUCGUUCCGGACACACCAGACGGCCAUGCUCGCGUGCACUUCGUAACGGAAGGGGAGGCGAGUCUCCACUUCUGCAUCCGGAGUGGGCUGACUGCCGACAACAUCGCGGACGGGCAGAACGUGAUGAUCGUCGACGCUGGAGGAGGGACGGUCGACAUCAGCAGUUACGCCUUCGUCUCGACCAGCCCCUUGACCGUCGAGGAAAUCGCCUCUGCAGACUGCAUCAUGCAAGGUUCCACGAGAGUCAAUGCAAGGGCGAAAACAUUCCUGCAAGAGAGGCUCAAGAACUCCGCUUACGGCAACGAAGAGGACAUAAAGGCCAUGCUCGAGUACUUUGACAAAUCCACGAAGCCGAUUUUCAAGGACGCGACCGAGCAGUCGUACAUCAAGUUCGGGUCAAUGAGCUGUAAUGAUCCGAAGGUAAAGAUUCGUCGCGGCCAGUUGCUGUUGUCCGGGCCCGAGAUGGAAGAGUUCUACAAACCUUCUCUCGACGCGAUCGUGAUGGCCGUCCAGAAACAGCGUCAAACGGCCUCACGUCCGAUCUCGACGAUAUUCCUGGUGGGCGGCUUUGCGGCCAGCCCUUGGCUCUACGCCAAGCUACAGAAAGCGGUUAAACCUUUGGGCCUUGGAUUGUGUCGUCCGGAUACGCACACGAGCAAGGCUGUUGCAGAAGGAGGCGUGUCGUUCUAUCUCGAACACUUCGUCUCAGCCCGCAUCAUCAAGAUGACUUACGGAACCGUCAUCAACACUAGCUAUGACCCGACAGACGCCGAACACAUCGCUCGCAACUACAAGAAGAUCGUCCGCCCGUCGGGACGCGUUGUUGUCCCUGACUUUUUCUCGUCCAUUCUCACCAAGGCAUGUCUCUUCGGCACACGCGUCCGCGGCGCCGAAGAGAUGUCAAAGGGGUACUUCAAGGAGUCGCGCGAGGUGAAAACACUGGACACCAUGUCGGCGGAGAUCAUCUGCUACCGGGGCAAGAAAGAGGACCCCAGAUGGGUCGACCUCGAGCCACACUGCUUUACUACGCUUUGCACGAUCUACGCGGACACGUCGCGUGUCGUCAAGACCCCGCGAGUCGGCCGGAACGGCAUUCACUAUGCUCAGGCGUUCGACAUCGUCCUGAUGUGCGGCCUCACUGAGCUUCAAGCCCAGAUACGAUGGGAAGAGGGUGGUCAAGAAAUGCGCGGCCCGGCCAAGAUCGUUUACGAUGACGACCUCGAGUCUGCGCACUGA